GCCAUCCUCAACCUGGGCAUGUGUAUAUUGAACAGUAAUUUGUUAUAACAUACUGCAGUUUAUGGACCUGAAACAGUUGCGUUAUGUGGAAUAUGGCCAGUGGUACAGUGUGUGUAUGAUAGACUGCUGUACAUUGGUGUGGUAGUCGGGAUCACUGGGGAGCACAGCAUGCAGACUCUGGCAGAUACUCCGUCCAAACUCCACCCUAACCAGGCUUGUACUCUCAGAGUGAUGAGGCUGACCAAGCCGGCCCUCAUGCCGUAUCACCCUCUGGUCAGCGAUGAGCGGGACUUACAGGGCGAGAUAUUUGCCAAAAUGAGCGACACAGAUAUUGCCAGACCAGCGGGAGUGCCCUAUUUUGGACUAGGUGACCUCUUGACCCUACCCCAAAAUUUUGGAAACAUUUUCCUGGGUGAGACAUUUUCCAGCUACAUAAGCGUCCAUAACGACAGUACCACUAUUUGUAAGGAUAUUGUCUUAAAGGUUGACCUCCAGACCAGCUCUCAAAGAUUGAUGUUGUCUGGGUCAGAGUCGCGUCCCCUGAUGGAACUCCCCCCUGACUACAGCAUUGACGAUGUCAUCCAUCACGAAGUUAAAGAGCUGGGCACACACAUAUUGGUGUGUGCAGUCAGUUACACAACCAGCCAGGGGGAGAAGAACGCUUUUAGAAAAUUCUUCAAGUUCCAGGUGUUGAAACCCCUGGAUGUGAAAACCAAGUUUUAUAAUGCAGAGGAUUAUGUCGAUCUGUGGAAUUUGGAACAAUCUGAUGAAGUUUACCUGGAGGCACAGAUCCAGAACAUUACCCCUCAGCCCAUCUACAUGGAACAUGUCAGCCUUGAUCCGUCCACGCAGUACUGCGCCAAGGAACUCAACAACCUUGAUGGCAAGGAAUGUCCUGACCUCGUGUUUGGAAAGGUGAACUACCUAAACCCUAUGGACACACGACAGUACCUGUACUGUCUCUCACCAAAACAGGAAGGAACACAGGAGAGUAAGAUCCUCAAGGGAGUCACGAAUAUAGGCAAACUGGACAUUGUCUGGAAAACCAACAUGGGGGAGAGGGGUCGUCUCCAAACCAGUCAGCUACAGAGAGUUGCACCUGGUUACGGAGACAUUCGGGUGACAGUGGAGUCUGUGCCUGACACUGUACAGCUGGAGGUCACCUUCAAUAUCGUCUGUCGAAUUACAAACUGCUGUGAGCGGACUAUGGACCUGACGUUGGUACUACAGAACAAUUCGUCCUCUGGCUUGGUCUGGUGCGGGAUCUCUGGACGACAGCUGGGGAAACUCCCACAGAAUGAGCACAUGGACCUCAACCUGACUCUGAUAGCUACUAUUCCAGGGCUACAUACAAUUUCUGGGCUGAGGUUGACAGACAACUUCCUGAAAAGAACUUAUGAACAUGAUGAGCUAUCACAAGUUUUUGUGUACAACGACUGUAAUCAAUGAAAUUUCCAGUCCAUCACAGAUGUUCUACAAGGCAAGCCUGUAGCCAUUUCGGCAUGGAUGUUCUAUACAGCAGGCCUGUGACCAGUGGUUUCUGGAUGUGGGUCCUCACAGGAACUGACCAAUGCAUAUACAAAAAUAUGUGACAAGCUUCAGAAUCUUUAUCCAGUAAACAUAAUGAUCAGUGUGUAGGGCCUUGCAGAAGUUCCAGUUAUUUUGUGGCCAUCGUUAUUGACUGGCUGGAAUGGAAUGUUUACAGACAAAAUAAUGUUAUGUAGAUUUGGUCACGAUUGAGAUGAUGAUUAAGUUACUUGUGAUUAAUGCUACCUGUAGCCUUGUGACAUUGAUCUAGUCACAUGUUACCAAGACAUUUACUGUGUUACCCGUUGCCUGAUAAACACGGCACAUAGUUAUCUUAAACCUCCAAUAUAUAACCUACACAAAAUGGAAGGGAAAUUCAUAAAUUUGUAGAUUGCUCAUUAAUUUAUUAAUCACUUAAAUCAUGGUGUACAUGAACAUAUGUUAUGCUAAAACAUUGAUGUAAUCCUGUACAAUUCAAUAUGUAUAUUAAUAGAAAGUGUAAUCAUUAUUGUUGUAAAUUCUUUAUAAAAAAUGUACAUUUAAGCACAUUCAUGUACAUGUAUUUGUGAAUAACUGUGUAUGAAACUAUAACUAUGAUUUUCAUAUGUUUGUGCUUGGGUGAGUAAAAGAGGUUGAUAACAUUUCAUUAAAGUGUUGUAUAAGUGUGGCAAUGUGUUGAUAUAUAUACACUUAUUGGAAGUAUGAACGUGUGUGAGGGACCAAUAGUUUUGUGUUUAAAUGCUUUCAUAAUUUAGCACUUUGAAGUAAGUGCAAAAAGUGCUAAAAAAUACUGCUACAAUAAUCAUGUUUACCAUAUUUGCAUUGUGGAAACUGUGUAUGUAUAGUAUGUCCACACAUGCGUUAUCUAAUUUUCCCCAACGGUUACCUCUUCGUUACGCAGUCAGUGGUCAUUGUUCAUUUGUUGCCAAAUCUACGGUUAAAAAAUGGAUUUCUUUUGUAUUAGUUUCAUGGAACAACCUGUAUUUAGAGAUCACCUUCAGGAAGUCCACAAAGUGGUCUCUUAAUACAGGUUCAGGUAUCUCUAAAAAUAACUAAUCAGAAGUUUUCAAAGUGGUCUUGUAAUAGAGUUGAUCUCUAGAGUAGGUUUGACUGUAAACACCUGGUAUCCUAGUAUAACACCUGGUACCCUAGUAUAACACCUGGUAACCUAGCAUAACACCUGGUACCCUAGUAUAACACCUGGUACCCUAGUUUAACACCUGGUUCCCUAGUAUAACACCUGGUACCUUAGUAUAACACCUGGUAACCUAGUAUAACACCUGGUACCCUAUUAAAACACCUGGUACACUAGUAUAACACCUGGUACCCUAGUAUAACACCUGGUUCCCUAGUAUAACACCUGGUACCCUAGUAUAACACCUGGUACCUUACUAUAACACCUGGUUCCCUAGUAUAACACCUGGUACCUUAGUAUAACACCUGGUACCCUAGUAUAACACCUGGUACCCUAAUAUUACACCUGGUACCUUAGUAUAACACCUGGUUCCCUAGUAUAACACCUGGUACCUUAGUAUAACACCUGGUACCUUAGUAUAAUACCUGGUACCUUAGUAUAAUACCUGGUUCCCUAGUAUAACACCUGGUACCUUAGUAUAACAAAUGUUAUGUGUUCUUUGUCUUCCACAUAAUACUCAUACUUUACAUUUCAUACAGCUGAGUGCAUUAAUCCAGUUACUGCUAGUCAGUUGUCUAAAUAUACAGCCAGUGGGACGGAUUGAACAUUUCUUACAAAAAACAUCACUGUAAUGAAUCUGUCUCGCAGUCCAGCCACUUUUGGUGGGAAGGAAUGUGGUUUGAUUAUGAAGGCCAAAAUGUAGACAGGUUAAGAAUUGGCUAUGUGAAUGAUUUUGUGCAAUAGGUACAAUUAUAUUGUAGAUUCCAUAGCAAGACAUUCUUAAUGUAUACAAGGAAGGGACAUUUCUAAUAUACCAUCAUGUCAGAAUCGUACUGUGUCCUUCCGUAUGCUUGUGUCUAACUGGAACAAGGACGUAAAUCAAUCAGAAGCUUACUGUAUUGGGUUACAAUACAUGGACAGGUCCUUGAUUGGAACUAGUUACAUAACACUCCAAGUAUCAUACCCCGGAAGGUCAAAGGUCAAGUUAGUCCAGACUACAACUUCUGAUAACAACUAGAUUUUGAUGUGAAACUUUUGUCACAGGUAUGAGUAUCAUUACUUGAAAAGUCAUGUAACACUCUCGUGCUUGUUUCCAAAAGGUCAAGGUCAUGCAAACGGCCUAAGGUCAAGUCUUUAAAUUUCGUCAAAUCAUCUUCUGAUCAUCUUCAGUUUGGCUAUUGAACUCUGUGCCAUAACAUUCCCAUAUCUGUGCCCAAAAAACAAGGUCAUAAGUUGAUAGUUUGUACCACUAUGAUAAUCAGCAUGGACAGAUACUGCCAGUCAGUACCACCUACUCUUACUGUCUAGAUAUACACGGUCAGUGACAGAAACAGUUGUUGUUAUCUGUCACUUGAUAUAAAGUCACUAUUACCAAAAUGAUAUAUCUACCAAAUUUUGUUCCAAACUCAGACAAUAAUAAUUAUUAACUUGGAACAGAUUGAUGUGAAAUGCUUUAUUUGAUCCUAAAUGACGUGUAUUCAAGUCACUUGUAGAUAAACACAAUAAACAAAGUUAAGUAUG